GUCAGGAGGACGGGGUCGGCCGUCUGAAGGGUCGACCCGGAGGGGGCUGGCCCAAGCAGGACCCACAGGGAAGUGCCCGUGGGCUGGAGAAGGCCCGGCAGCAGCUUCAGGAGGAGGUCCGCCAGGUCAGCAGCCAGCUGCUGGAGGAGAGGAAGAAGCGGGAGACGCAGGAGGCCCUGGCGCGGAGACUCCAGAAGCGGGUCCUGCUGCUGACGAAGGAGCGGGACGGAAUGCGCGCCAUCCUGGGUUCCUACGACAGCGAGCUUACUGCGGCCGAGUACUCACCCCAGCUGACGCGUCGCAUGCGUGAGGCCGAGGACAUGGUCCAGAAGGUGCACGCGCACAGCUCAGAGAUGGAGGCUCAGCUGUCACAGGCCCUGGAGGAGCUGGGAGGCCAGAAGCAGAGAGCGGACAUGCUGGAGAUGGAAGUGAAGAUGCUACAGUCUCAGUCCAGUGCCGCCGAGCAGAGCUUCCCACUGUCCAGGGAGGAGGCAAGCUCGCUCAGGUUGAAGAUUGAGGAGCUGGAAGGGGAGCGCAGUCGUCUGGAAGAAGACAAGAAGAUGCUGGAGAUGCAGCUUGAGCGGUUCACCCUGCAGGGCAGCUACGACCAGAGCAGAACCAAAGUGCUGCACAUGAGCAUGAACCCGGCCAGCGCGGCCAAGCAGCGGCUCCGUGAGGACCAGGCCCGGCUGCAGGAGGAGUGCGAGCAACUACGGGAGCUCGUGCAUGCCCUGGAGCGAGGCGGUCCCGUCCCUGCCGGCCUGGAGGCCGCUGCGAGUCUGCCUUCGUCCACGGAGCUGACAGCUCCGCAAAUCAGGGUGACAGCCCCUGAGCCCGCGGCUCGUCCCUGCCGGUGCGGGAAGAUGACCCUCCUGUUCCCACGGAGUCCCAUGCUGGACCUGCCCUGCGAGUGCAGAGACCAAUGGCCCACCAGCAAAGAGCUGAGGAAGCAGGUGGAGAGCGCUGAGCUGAAGAAUCAGCGGCUCAAGGAGGUCUUUCAGACCAAGAUCCAAGAGUUCCGGAAAGUCUGCUAUGCGCUCACGGGCUACCAGAUCGACAUCACCACGGAGAACCAGUACCGGCUGACGUCCAUGUACGCGGAGCACAAAGCCGACUGCCUCAUCUUCAAGGCCACGGGACCCUCGGGUGCCAAGAUGCAGCUGCUGGAGACGGCGUUCUCACACUCAGUGCGGGAGCUCAUCGAGCUGCACCUGCUGCGCCAGGACAGCAUCCCGGCCUUCCUCAGCGCCCUCACCCUUGACCUCUUCAGCCGCCAGACCGUGGCCUAGCCUGCAGCCGUGGGCCCCAGUGGCUGCCGCACCUGAGCUCCACGGUGCACGUGCGCAGCCGCCCCCACGCAUCCGGCCCGGGCCGCACACUGCCCACCUGCCCAGGACCCCUGUGAGCGCACCCGGAGCCAGCGGGGACCGAGCUGCCCCAGGGGCCGAGCUGCCCGGGGUCCACCCCGCUCUGCAGUGCAGGGGCCCCGCCCUCCUCCUUCCCCAGGAUGUGCAGUGCUGCUGCUCUGGCCCGAGGCCUGGGGGCCGAGCCAUCCCAGCCCACUUCUGGUCCCCGCCCCAGCGUGGGCCCCCACCCACGCACCGCUCAAACCCAGCCAUGUCGGGGGGCUGCCAGCCGACGUCCCUGCUCCCCCUGAAAUAAAUUUUGCUUCU